GCGAACGAAGGGGGAGAGACCUGGAGAGAGAGCGGGGCAGCUCGUUGUCCUGGCUGCAUCAUGCCUCGAUUUGGCCUGUCUGGAAGAAGGGACGCCUGUGCCCCCUGGUCGCCAGCCCCGCAGCCCCGGGCCCCAGCUAUACUGCGUAGGUCAAGGUAAAUAAAGAGAAGCUCUCCCACGAGCUCCCGUUCCCCCAGGAUCCAGAAGUUCCCCGUCAUUUCAGAUCCAACAUCCUCCCAGUCCACCCACCGAAUAAUUACCCCUCCCCCGCUUUAAAUAUCUACAGACUUCAAAAUGGUCAAGGCCGUUGUUGCUGGCGCCGCUGGCGGUAUCGGACAGCCCCUGUCCCUCCUCCUCAAGCUCUCUCCUCUCGUUGACGAGCUCGCUCUCUACGAUGUCGUCAACACCCCCGGUGUCGCUGCCGAUCUCUCUCACAUCUCCUCCCCCGCCAAAACCACCGGCUACCUCCCCCCCAACGACGGCGCCAAGACCGCCUUCAAGGAUGCCGACAUCAUCGUCAUCCCCGCUGGUAUUCCCCGCAAGCCUGGCAUGACCCGUGAUGAUCUCUUCAACAUCAACGCCGGUAUCGUCAAGGGUUUGAUUGAGGUUGCUGCUGAGGUCGCCCCCAACGCCUUCAUCCUCGUCAUCUCCAACCCUGUCAACUCGACUGUCCCCAUCUCCGCCGAGGUCCUCAAAGCCAAGGGUGUCUUCAACGCCCAGCGCCUCUUCGGUGUCACCACCCUCGACAUUGUCCGUGCCGAGACCUUCGUUGCUGAGAUUGCUGGCAAGAGCAACCCCCAGGAGCUCGUUGUCCCCGUCAUUGGUGGCCACUCCGGCGAGACCAUCGUUCCUCUCUUCAGCAAGGUUACCCCCUCGGUCACCAUCCCUGACGACAAGUACGACGCUCUUGUCAACCGCGUCCAGUUCGGCGGUGAUGAGGUCGUCAAGGCCAAGGACGGUCUCGGCUCUGCCACCCUCUCCAUGGCUUAUGCCGGUUACCGUUUCGCUGAGAAGCUCCUCAAGGCCGCCAAGGGUGCCAAGGGCCUUGUCGAGCCCACCUACGUCUACCUCCCCGGUAUCCCCGGUGGCAAGGAGAUCGCGGAGAAGACUGGUGUUGACUUCUUCUCCGUCCCCGUUGAGCUCGGCCCCAACGGUGCUGAGAAGGCUAUCGACAUCCUCGGCGACAUCACCGAGAAGGAGAAGACUCUCCUCGAGGCUGCCGUCAAGGGCCUCAAGGGCAACAUCCAGAAGGGUGUUGACUUUGCCCACAACCCCCCUCAGAAGCUGUAAAAAAGUUAACAGGAUAAUCGACGACUGAUAUGACCCGGACGACCUAUACCCAUUCUCUCCCCUUCGCACGUAUCAUCAGCUUCUUCCCGGUGCGCCGGGUCCAGUACCCGUCGCCUUGACGAAUAAGACUCACAUAUCGCAAGCGCCGCUUUGCGCCCAACCUUCGGAUAUGGGGGCAUAUGAUUGCUGUAUGCCUGGAAAGACUGGACUGCUUUGUAGUAGCAUGGGAAGGUUCUGCUUGAACUGUGCGCUGGCUGGGGGAUGAAAAUAAACUUAAUUUUAUGCACUUCU